AUGGCAAAGUAUCUCAUGAUAUGUGCAAAAGGCAAGUCCGUGGGUAUGGCGGAUUUAUUAAAACUGCAGCAGCUGGAAGUGCCGACAAAUCCAGAGGUUAAAUGCGUUCUCGCAUGUGCUUACAAACACUUUGGAACUCUGAAGGACGAUGGGAAGUUUGAUAUAGAAACGAGCUAUAAGUUUGCCGAGGAAUGCAAAGAAGGAGACGAGAAGAGGCUAGAGAACGGAAAAAAACUGGCUGAUAUUUGCAUAAAGGUUAACGAUGAGAAAGUGAGUGAUGGAGACAAGGGGUGCGAAAGGGCUACCCUGAUGUACAAGUGCAUGAUAAACAACGCUCCAAAGCUCGGCUUCAAGGUGCAACUCGAGCCAGAAAAACUAGGUGAAGUUCUGAAAAUUUGA